UCCGUGCGUCAACGUCAGCGUGCUGACGUCCCGGGCCGGGCACUUGAGGUGGUCCCCACGGCGGCUGUCUGCGCGCGGUGGGUUGCGCGUCGCCUGCCGGAGGUGGCCUGAGUCACACCCCGCCGAGCCCCGCCCCACCGCCCGCGAGGGCCCGGCAGGCGCGACCACGGAGCCGCGGUCCCCGGGUCAACCUGGGGCGGCCGGCCCAGAACCGCCCGAUGAGGUCUCUUCUUUCUAGGGAUGGUGAAGUUGGGAAAAGGCUCCCUUAACCCUCCUCCAGGAUGAACCACCUCCCAGAAGACAUGCAGAACGCCCUUACUGGGAGCCAGAGCUCCCACACCUCUGUGCACGACGUCCACUCCAUCAACCCCACACAGCUCAUGGCCAGGGUUGAGUCCUACGAAGGAAGGGAAAAGAAAGGCAUAUCUGACGUCAGGAGGACUUUCUGCUUGUUUGUCACCUUUGACCUCUUAUUUGUAACAUUGCUCUGGAUAAUAGAGUUAAAUUUCAGCUGUGAUGACCAAGGGCAACAGAAGUUCAGAAGGAGGACCUGUGGGUUGGGAUCAUCUGAGCGAGUUAACGGAGGCAUUGAGAACACAUUAGAGAAGGAGGUGGUGCAGUAUGACUACUACUCUUCUUAUUUUGAUAUAUUUCUAUUGGCAGUUUUUCGAUUUAAAGUGUUGAUACUUGCAUAUGCUGUAUGUAGACUGCGCCACUGGUGGGCAAUAGCGUUGACAACAGCAGUGACCAGUGCCUUUUUAUUAGCAAAAGUGAUCCUGUCAAAGCUGUUCUCGCAAGGGGCGUUUGGCUAUGUGUUGCCCAUCAUUUCUUUCAUCCUCGCCUGGAUUGAGACGUGGUUCCUGGAUUUCAAAGUUUUGCCUCAAGAAGCAGAAGAAGAAAACAGACUCCUGAUAGUUCAGGAUGCUUCAGAGAGGGCGGCACUUAUACCUCGUGGUCUUUCUGAUGGCCAGUUUUAUUCCCCUCCUGAAUCUGAAGCAGGAUCUGAGGAAGAAGCUGAAGAGAAACAGGACGGUGAAAAACCACUUUUAGAGCUUUGAGCGCCACUUCUCUUAAAUGUGAAGAGCCUCCCUGAGAGUCAUCCCAGGGGAAGACGCCUGGCCAUGGGGACGCCGCUGCUGACUGCACUGGGCAGCUGAGCCAGCAUGUGUUUACACGGGACCUCGCGGACAGGGCACCGCGUUCACAUGGCUCGGCCGCCUGCCUGGGGCUGGGGAGAUCGAGACACUGCCCAGUGAGUGACACUGCUCCGCUCUGUCCCAGAGCAGCUGAAGGAACGUCUGUGCUGGGUUCCUCAUUAAGAGACUCAUUAACAUACUGAAAUAACAGUUUUGUAGUAGGCAAAACACUUUUUUUGUUUUAUGUCUCAGAUUUCUUUCGUAUUUCUUUUUUAACACCCUACAUUUCCCUUGUGGUUUUUAACUCAUGCACAUGUGUCGUUUGGACAAUUGUAAAAAGUAAUAAAAUCCAACAUAUCAAAAUGAUUAA